GAACCCGCUGCCGUCGCUGCCGGGCCUGUGUGCGAACUGAGUGCGGGGACUGCCACUUCUGCCGAGACAUGAAGAAGUUCGGGGGGCCCGGGCGCAUGAAGCAGUCGUGCCUGCUCCGGCAGUGCACUGCCCCCGUGCUCCCACACACAGCUGUGUGCCUCUUGUGUGGGGAGGCUGGGAAGGAGGACACAGUGGAGGGAGAGGAAGAGAAAUUUGGUUUGAGCCUCAUGGAGUGUACAAUCUGCAACGAGAUCGUCCACCCUGGCUGCCUGAAGAUGGGGAAGGCUGAGGGUGUCAUCAAUGCGGAGAUCCCCAACUGCUGGGAGUGCCCUCGCUGUACCCAGGAAGGCCGAACCAGCAAGGAUUCAGGUGAGGGGCCAGGCCGCCGCAGGGCUGACAACGGUGAGGAGGGUGCCAGCCUAGGGAGUGGAUGGAAGCUGACGGAGGAGCCGCCGCUUCCACCGCCUCCACCCAGGCGCAAGGGCCCUCUACCUGCUGGCCCCCCGCCUGAGGACGUGCCUGGGCCCCCCAAACGAAAGGAAAGGGAGGCAGGGAAUGAGACCCCUACCCCAAGAAAAAAGGUGAAAGGAGGCAGAGAGAGGCACCUGAAGAAGGUGGGUGGAGAUGCCUGCCUCCUCCGAGGAUCGGACCCAGGCGGCCCAGGCCUUCUGCCCCCCAGGGUUCUGAAUCCAAGCCAGGCGUUCUCGUCCUGCCACCCUGGGCUCCCUCCCGAGAACUGGGAGAAACCAAAGCCACCUUUGGCCUCUGCUGAGGGCCCAGCGGUGCCAUCCCCAUCACCCCAGAGGGAGAAGCUAGAACGUUUCAAGCGGAUGUGCCAGCUGCUGGAGCGGGUGCCUGACACUUCUUCUUCCUCUUCUGACUCCGACUCCGACUCCGACUCAUCGGGCACAUCGUUGAGUGAGGAUGAGGCCCCUGGCGAGGCCCGGAAUGGGCGACGGCCAGCCCGGGGCAGCUCCGGCGAGAAGGAGAACCGUGGGGGGCGGCGGGCUGUGCGCCCUGGUAGUGGGGGACCACUGCUUAGCUGGCCCCUAGGCCCAGCUCCACCACCCCGGCCUCCACAACUGGAGCGGCAUGUGGUACGCCCCCCACCUCGAAGCCCAGAGCCUGACACACUGCCUUUGGCUGCUGGAUCCGACCACCCUCUGCCCCGGGCUGCCUGGCUUCGUGUCUUCCAGCACCUUGGGCCCCGAGAGCUGUGUGUCUGCAUGCGAGUCUGCCGGACUUGGAGCCGCUGGUGCUACGACAAGCGUCUGUGGCCUCGAAUGGACCUGAGCCGGCGGAAGUCACUGACACCACCCAUGCUUAGUGGGGUGGUUCGCCGCCAGCCCCGUGCCCUGGACCUCAGCUGGACAGGUGUCUCCAAGAAGCAGCUUAUGUGGCUUCUGAACCGACUGCAAGGCCUGCAGGAGUUGGUGCUCUCCGGCUGCUCCUGGCUCUCUGUCUCUGCCCUGGGCUCAGCCCCACUGCCAGCCCUGAGGCUCCUGGAUCUGCGCUGGAUUGAGGAUGUUAAGGACUCCCAGCUCCGAGAGCUGCUUUUGCCUCCACCAGACACCAAACCAGGGCAAACGGAGAGCCGCGGGCGGCUGCAGGGAGUGGCCGAGCUGCGCCUGGCAGGCCUGGAGCUGACAGAUGCCUCCCUGCGGCUCCUGCUACGCCAUGCACCCCAGCUGAGUGCCCUGGAUCUGAGCCACUGUGCCCAUGUUGGAGACCCCACUGUCCACCUCCUCACAGCUCCCACUUCCCCACUCCGAGAGACCCUGGUACACCUCAAUCUUGCUGGUUGCCACCGCCUCACGGACCACUGCCUCCCGCUCUUCCGCCGCUGCCCACGUCUCCGCCGCCUAGACCUGCGCUCCUGCCGCCAGCUCUCACCUGAAGCUUGUGCCCGGCUGGCAGCUGCUGGGCCCCCUGGCCCCUUCCGCUGCCCAGAGGAGAAGCUGCUUCUCAAGGACAGCUAGUUGGGUGCCCCCGCCCUCCUCCAGGACUCAUCAGGAGCCUGGACCUCAGGCCUUCAUUUCACCCCCCUCCCCAGCUAGGAGGCCAGGUGACCCACCUCAUGACUUGGGGAUCUUCCCCAGGGACUGGAGCCAGCCUCCCCUCUCUUCCCCCUGCACUGAUAUCUCUGGGGGUCUCUCCUUCCCAUCUCCUCCCUCUUCCACCUGCUUCAUUGUCUAUCCCCUGGGGGGAGUGAGUCAGAGGUACUGGGGGUGCUGAGCCAAAGGGAUGGUGGGAGGGGGGUUACAGUGCAAGUCUGAGGGAGGGAGAGUGGGAAGAGGGGGUGCACUCGGGGUGCGGGUGGGGGAGGGGCAGAAAGCAGACCAGGAGGGUUCAGGGAACAAAGACCAGAUACUGGGGGGGUGGGCACCAAGGGAAACCAGAGGAGCAGUGGGGGACCCAGGCGUCAGAGGCAGAGGGACAGAGUGGGUGUGGGGGCCGUAGGAGCCCACUACGGGGGUCACCCCUCUCCUUCCCCCUGCCCAGAUUUCAGUUCCUUCCCCACCCUGACUCCUUGGACGUCACUGAAAAUGGCAGCUAUUGCGAGGAGUGGGGGCUGCGGGCCUACCGGGCCUACCUGCUGUUCAGCUCGUGGCCCAGGGGAGUGGCGAGGGGUACCCCAGCCCCCGCCUGCCUCUCCGCACAAUACUUGAACAUUCAUCUGUACUGAAGUGUUACUUGAACCGGGGGAACCUCGGACCAGGGGAGCCGGAGUGGGAUGAGAGGAGACCAUCGUGGACUGAGACUGGACCGGUGGGCACCCGGUUUGGACUGUGCCACCCCGGCGCUCUCUGGAGCAUCGCAACCCCUCCUGACCUGAGCUGGGAGGGGGUGUGCCAGCCCAGGAUGGGGAAGACCGGACUCCUCUAGCUUGGCUCUUCCCACUUUUUCAUCGUCAUGGAAACAUGUAACCCAUUUGCCCAGGGAUCUGCCCCUCCUGGUUGCCAUGGGAAUAGCAGCCAAUGGACACCUCCCUAUGCCAGUGCUAAGGCUGGAAAUGGCCCCUCUGAGUUGCCAUGGGAACUUAGUGACAGACUCUUGGCCUUCCGCCCCUUACUCCAGUGUGUGUGGGGGCGGUGGGGGACGGGGGUCGGGGCCAGGUCCCACCCCUCCCCCCCCAGCCCGGGCUUGCGGGGAACCGGGUUGUACCGUGGGGAGAAUCUUACCACAUACCUCAGGUGGCCAUGGUGGAGGUACAGCUGGAGAACAACCAUGAGUACCCACCAGGCCUGCUGGUAGCCUUUAGUGCCUGCACCACU